AUGGUUGCGGUGAUCCAGCAGUUGCUGUAUCUUACUGCUGUAGUUCUCGCAGCUGUCUCACAUAGGCAACUUGUUGGGCAGGAUGUGGUAUCACUUUCGUUCGCUGUGGUGGACGCUGUGUUGGCAACAGUGUCUCAGCCUCGCUGUUCCGUCAUGUUCAUCACGGACGGCGCCUCAACCCUUAGCACUCUGAUUAAUUCACAUGGGCGAGAGUUGCUGGUGCCCUGGGGAGUGUCGAUGUGGGAGGUGGCAGCGGACGGCCAGGACGCUAACGUGACUCUGAUGCAGCUCUCUAGGGUGGUCGACCAAGCUCGGCGGCUGCGGCAGGUGUCGUGGUGCGUGACGGUGGUGGUGGUGAGCGACGACCUCGCCUUCCUCGCCGCCUUCGCCCAGUGGUCCCUCAAGGGCCGCUUGGUGGGUCCAGCGACCAGGCUCCUCGCUGUCACCAACGCUUCCUUGGUCAAUAAUCCAGACCUCAGCAGGACCUACUCCAUGAUGAACGCCAUGAUGCUGGUUGUAGAAGAUUUCCAGAAGUGCGGUGUGUAUUUACAUGUUCCGUACAGCCCCCGGGGCGCCAAGGCACUGAAGGUGGCCUUCUGGACGCCCCACCAAGGCCUCGCUCUCACCUCCAGCCUCCCGCUCUUCCCUGACAAGUUCUCCAAGCUCUCCAAUGGUCCAACUCUGAUAGUUGUGACUGAAACCUAUCCAACACAUGAAAUAGUACUGGUGGACGAUUCCAAGUCUCCUGGAGGAAAGAGGCUCGAGUUCUUUAGUCCAAUUGCUAACGUGCUUCAGCUCUUGGCAAACGUUACAAAUUUUACGUACUUGUAUAUGCGACCUCCUGAUGGGUUAUGGGGGUCCCAGCAGAACGACGGGUCCUGGUCGGGUAUGGUGGGCAUGGUGAGCAGGGAGGAGGUGGACGUUGGUCUGGGUCCCUUCAGUGUUAGUGCAUCACGAGCUGAAGUCGUGGACUUCACAUGGCCUAUUUCAGUAUACUAUGGCAAGAUCCUGGGUGGUCGAGGGCGGCUGGUGGUGGACCCGUGGGGCUUCGUGCUCCCCUUGACGCCGCUGGUGUGGGCGGCCAUCCUGGCGACGCUGCUGGUGCUGCCCCUGACGGUGUCCCUCCUCUCUUCAUGCGUGUCAGUUAGGACUCCCGGAGAAUGUAUAGAAGACACAUUCAGAUUUAUUACAAUAUUUCUACAUCAAGGUGGGAUUGUUUCACAUAAGAAGUGGUGGUGGGAGCGGGUGGUGAUGCUGGUGUGGAUGAUGGUGACGCUGGUGCUGACGCAGAGCUACGCCGGCAACCUCAUGGCUCUCCUGGCUGUCAGACACAUCCCUCAGCCCAUCCAGUCCCUCCUGGACAUCCUACACGACCAAUCGGCAACCAUUAUUGUAGAAGCAGGCUCAACAAAAGCAUUAUAUUUCCUUGUAAAUUUCCCCACAAGAGGCGAUGUGGGUAACUUUGAUGAUUGCUGGUCUGCAGGUGUUGGUGGGGUGGUUCCUGGGGCUGCGGUGUCAACUAUGAUGGUGAUGGUGGAGAUUCACGUGCCUGCUGCUGGUCCUGGUGUGGGUGUCUCUGAGUUGGCCUCUGUUUCUCCUCCUGCAUUGGGUUCCCAGCAGUCGGGGGGAGGCCCCUCCUCUUGUGGCAGAUGGUGUGGCCCGGAGCCUUGCGAUUGUCCUAAAGAAGGAUGUGGGAGAUUUGUGACGGUGCCCGGACCCGUGGAUGCUGUUCCGGAUGUGUCCCCUGUGGUAUUGCUCCCUGUGAUGCUGCCCGCUGUGUUAUCAACCCCGCCCUCCGUGUUGCCGCCACCGUCUGGGGGUGCGGUUGCACCGUCGGGGAAUGCCGUGACUAGUACUGUUAUUCAAUCUGAUAAUAAUGAAGUUCAGUCAGAUGAUAGUGAUGAUGAUCAGCCUGUUGAUGUUCUGACUGCUGACCAGCUGCCCUUCAUGUGGGACGGGUAG